UGGAGACGUGGUGCUCAACACUCAGCAAUUGAAGGAAACAAAAAAGGAAUUCGAUCCCAAGUCGGGAUGUGGUGGACUCUUCAUGGGCCGAACCGUGUUUUCGGAAGAGUAUUUUGGAAAACUACUCCGAAAACACGAGGAUUCCGUUUCCUCCGUAUAAAGCCCUCCCCAGGUACCCUUCUGCCCUCUCAAGAAUCGUUCACCAUCCAUACGCUCUCUCUCAUAACGCUGCUUUCGUGGGUAUGUCUGAAUAUUCAUAUUCCUAUAUGCCGCGACCCAUGGCAGCGCUCUUCGAAGAGCCCAAGCCACCCGCACCCAAGGCCCUGAGUGCAGGGAGUGGAGAAGCUGUUAGCCCUAUCACCAAAUCGUCUAUUCCCCUUCAUUUCAAUCUCAAGAAAUCAUUCCCCGCCAUCACAACUACCAUUUCCCUUCUCCAGAAAGUCCCGGAGACCAAAGACCUCGAUGCCCUACGCGCUCUCGUCCCCGUGUUCGUCAAUUGUUUGAACUCCAUCCUCGAUUCGAUGGACAAACUCCCGAAGGAAGUUUGUACGGGUUACAACUACCUUCACGCUAAGAGCACGGUCGCAUUCUUUCGGGCGAUGCUGGAGGGACACAUCAAGGAGGUGACUGAUGCUAACGUUCAGUCAGACUCAAAACGCACAGAAAUCAUCGACAAAACUAUGCAGUUUUUGGACGGGUGCAUGUCUGCCACCAAGGAUUUCUUUCAAGUUGCCGCUCAGGAACUGAUCCAACUCAAGCCGCUGCCACGGCCACCCUCUGGAGCUGAACUUGAAGAUUUGGAAGAAAGUACUGAGGAGGCAUCCGACUCCCCUGUAUCAUCUUGUGCUGAAGACAAACCUUCCGUUCCCGAACAACAAACGCAAUCGGAGAAACCGCCUCCAGAGCGUAUUGCUGCCGACGAGCAACCACAGAAGGCACAAAAGCCGAAGUUCUCUCUGUUGAGGCCACUUUCGAUUCGCAGGAAGAAGAAAAAUGUACCUCCUGAGGGCUCUUCUGGAUCCAGCACCCUCGUCGACAGCGAUCCCAUUCAAUUGAAAGGCGAUUAUAUUCACGUCUCUACUACCAUCCGUAGCUCCAUCGUCCAGUUCCCUGACUUUAUUAAGGAGCCGAUCCCCAACACUCUUCCUCACGUAGAAGAUGCCACGGAGAUAUGGAAGGAUCGCAACGGGCUCGUGGAACUUGCGACUCUCAGGGCUCUUGUGCGCUACAUGACUUCCACAGCAUCGCGUGGCGACGUAGAGAUUACCGACAUAUUCUUCCUAUGCUUCCGUUUUUUCUCGACCCCUACCGAAGUAUUCAGUGCUUUCAUCGAGAGAUAUGAUGAAAAGCCCCCAAAGGGCCUUCCUCCUGCGGAAGCAUCCACCGUUUCUCUGUACGCGAAAAUGCGGAUCGCGAAGCUCCUCUUCCUCUGGGUUGAGUUACACUGGCGUCCAGAAGAAGAUGGCGAUGUUUUCAAUCCCCUCAUGCAGUUUGCGUUUACCCGUUUAUCCAAGGACUUACUCAAGGAAGCAUCUUCGAAGCUCGUCACUGCCUUACACGACCGUGCUUGCGCUGGCGAAAAGGGUCGCGGUAUGCGCGUGGAGCGCACGGUUGCACAUGCGGAAUCUAAGAUUCGGUCCGAGUCGCUUGUCUGUAAAUGGGAGCCGAAAGACAAGAAGGCAAUGGUCCGGGGCGAUUUCGCCAAAGUUAACCUGCUCAGUUUCAAUGUUCCUGGUGGCCAUUCGCUGCUUGCUCUUCAGCUCACCCUUUUCUUGUGGGAGAAAUACCGUGUCUUCGAGCCCGAAGAUGCUGUCCGUUACUUGAUGGUUCGCAAAGGAGAUAGCACCGAACCAACCACCGAGGUCGCGCGCCAAGUGGCUAAUUUCAUGUCAUAUGAAAAGAGGCUACACCGAUGGGUCAUGGAUUCCCUGGCUUCCGCUCAGACUACAGAAGCGCGAACCGAACUUAUCGAGAUGUUCCUGGACGUCGCGCAGCAUUGCCACGAUAUGCGAAACUAUUCCGCGUCUUGUUUGAUAUCUCUAGCGUGUGACCGACCGAGCGUUUUACCUUUCCUAUCGGGAAUAAAAAUCAGCAGCAAGCAUGAAAAGAUAAAGGCGAUGCUCAGUGAAUUCUAUACAGGAGGGAACAAUCACUUCCGCGCGUACAAAGAUGCUCUGCAGAACUGUCAUUGUGCGGCAUUACCUGGCAUGAUGCUUUUCAUCGGCGAGGUCGCCCGUGGUUGUGGUUCCGGACCUUAUGAAGCUCACCCUCUUGUCCCCGGUUCUCGCCUCAUUAAUCUAAGGCGCUACCGUCCCAUUACGUGGGCCGUGCGAGCAAUGGAAAGAUGCCAUGUGCCCUUCAAAAUUCAACGCGUCGACUACGUGUGCGAUUGGUUUGAGCACGUUCUUGCCCCAUAUCGCGAAGGCACCGAAAUGGAGUGGGAGAACCGUAUCCAUGCUAAAUGUCGCAAGAUGUAGAGGAACACUCAAGAAAAUGGAAAAGAGAAAAAGUCCGCAAUUUGUGAAACAUGCCACUGCCUGAAGUUAAAUUAUCCAAGUAACCAUGACUCGGGGUGUCCAACUCAGCCUAAUUAUACACGUUCUUUCUUCGCUUUCGGAUAUUUUGCAUUUUUUUGUGACGCUGACUUACCACGUUCCUUGGUUGUAUGUAUAACAGAUCAGCAUUCUGAAGACCCACACGAUCAUUCAACUUCAUUGCCACCUCG